CGCAGCACAACGAGCAAACGGAAACGGAAACGGAAGUGGAAGUGACAGAGGCUACACAUAGCAGAGCAAAUUGAACCGAACGAAAAAAAAAAACAGACAACAGAGAAAGGAAAUACUGAGCGCAGUGAAGUGUUUGUUUUUCGGCGUUAUCAGCGGAUGCACGCGCUUUCAGCUGUGAUUGGAGUAGGGAUUGGGAUUGACAUUGGGUCUGGGACUGGGAUCCACAGGAGGAGGCGGCGAGCCGGAGAGAGGCGUGUCACUAGCAGGUGGCGGCUGAGCCGGUUAAACCAGAGUCCGACGGCAAAAACCUCUUCGCUCCAAACCCCAAAGUUCAACGCAAAAACAAUAACAAAAGCGGGGCCAUAAUUAACCGCAUGCCGCAAGCCGCAAAAGGGAAGCAAAAACAAAUAUCGAAAUCAAAACAGAAAAAACAUCACAUACCUACGCACUGAGAGCGGGGCGGGAGAGCGAGCGAGCAAUGCGGCCUAAACGCUUUGGCAAUUAUGCCGAAAUUGUUAACAAAAUACGAAAUGUAUCAAACUAAAUAAAAGGCGACAGCGGCAGGAAACCGCAGAAAUUACAAAGGAAUCCAGCUGAGAAGAAACGCAGGGACUCGGCGACGACAGGUGGCAGGUGGCAGGUGGUCGCCUGGGGGCCUUCGCAUUGAAUUAAUUUUGGUAUAGGCUCAAAGUCCAAAACCCAAAACCCAAGACCCGAAACCGAAUUGAAACCUCAAUAGAAACACAAAACGGAAGCACAGAAACAAAAACUCACUUAGGUUGCCAUCCAAAUCAACGGCUGUCAGACAAAAAGUCGCUUUUGUUAUUGAUUUUUAUAAAGCCCAAGUAGCAGCGGCGGCAAACAACACCGAAAAGCAAUGAGCAGCCAGGAAAAAUAACACAAAGCCGCAGAGGAACAGAAAAUACAAAUACAACAAGUACAACAAAAACAACAAAUACCUAAAAUAUAACAAACACAAACCAAAUAGAAACAAAAAGCGAACGCAAUGUGAAUAAUUCCCCAGUUGAACUGAGCACGAAACAGAGAAAAACUGUUGGAAUAUAUUCCCCGCUCCUCCUCCCCUCACCCCAGCAACUUUCCCAAGAAGCUCACUAUAUAAUAGCGUACUAUCGGAACGUUCAUCAAAUGCGAUUCGAUUCGAUGACGAUUCAAAAAAGGAGACACACUGAAGAGACGGACGCGCACACGGAGCAGACCCGGCCCCAGCCCCAGCCCGAGCUCGAGACCCAUAAAAAUGUGUUAUAAAAAUAUACACGCAUAAAUUCACCCCCAACCACCAAGGACAUAAAUAUAUCAGAGCUGGAGGAAAUUUAAUGCAAAUGUCAUUGACAAAGUCAAUUAGCAGGAAAGCCAGGCACUAAACGAGCGGAAAUUGAAAUGGAAAUGGCAAUCGAACAGCUGCAGCGGCACAAUUGAGCAACAUUUUUGAACAUUUAAACAUUUAAAGAACUUCAGAAAUUGAUUUAACAAGAAACAAAAGCAAGGAGUGUGCGGGACUAAAGCAAGACUGAUUUUUAUGUUUAGUUAGAUUAUUUUUAAACAAAACAGCAGCAGAAGCAGCAACUAUUUGACAAAGGCAAAAACCGCAACGAAACUGCAACAACGAAUUAGCCAAGCGGAAACCCUAGCAAAGAGAAAACGCCGCCGCCCACCCGCAGGGAAACUGGGAAAUAUAUAGAGGAAAUAUAUAGAGAAGCAGCCGCCGAAAGCAGCUGAGGAAACAACAAAGGCGAGCAGAUUCGGAUUCGUACGGAGGAAGCAUGUUUGUGUUCAUAGCCGUGCUGUUUGUUAACGCUUGCCUGGCGGGCACCAUUCCGGCUACGCCGGAGAACAUAACCGUCACCUUUCUGACGCCCACGGCGGUCCGUGUGUCGUGGCAGACGCAAAUCGAUCUGAAGGCACAUCCCAUCGAGAAGUACAUUGUGACGUACAAGCCAACGGAUGACAGGGUUGUACAGGACGUCGCCGGCAGCAGCGAGGCCAUUGUCCUGGAUCGCCUGCUGCCCAGCACACAGUACUCGCUCGUUGUGACGGCCAUCUGGCAGGGCAAGAAGUACCGGAGUCGGGGCCAGAUCAAGUUCAAGACGCUGGAUCUGCCCAAGAACACCUCGCAGCAGGACUUUCCGCCGGGUAUCUAUGGCAAUGGCAGCAAUGGCGGUCGCAACGGAACCGGAAAUGCCAGCAUCUUUGGCGACGAUGUGACCUCCACGGCCACAAACACGCUGACACAUGGCACCACCAGGGAAUUGCCAACAAUCCGCGGCGUUGAAAUCGGCAUUGUCCUAAUCGUGCUGAUGGUUUGGGCUGGGGCUAUUGCUCUGUUCUUCAAUCGCUGGGGCAAAAUCCGGAUGCUGCUGCCCUAUCAGCCGGACUAUAAGCAUGAACAGCUCAAAGUGCCAGGCACAGGAGUGUGCAGCGCUGGCGGAUGCAAUGGCCAACAUUCACACCAGUUCGACAGCAGUGAAUGUGCCCACCCACCGUUGCACUGCAAUAGCCGCCACAUCCACAUGCUGGCUGAGGAGCACUCCACGUCCAUAUCGGAGCGAUGCACGCGCAGCCGGAUUAACUCGGCCAUCUUUGUGUCCUCGGAGGGUCGUGGCUUCGACUCGAUUGAGUUCCUCCGCCGGCACGGAUCCCAGAGCGUGCUCUGCCGGAAAGCCAAGAGUGCGGAGAAUAUCACGGAUAACGGAAGAAGGAAGAGCCUGCGUCCCUGGCGCACCGACGACGACUCCUGCAAGCAGCAGCACCUCUCGCAGGACAGCAACGACAUUGAGCUAAGGGAGUGCGGCGGCACGGGGGGAGAACUCCUUCGUCUGCCGGUCAUCCAUGAUGGCAAGCAGUCGCCCACGGCCGUAACCAGCCUCCUGGCCCGCUCGGCUGCCAUAACCACGGCCAAUGUGGUUGUGGGAAGCAUUUCGCUGGAGGCACCGCCACCCUACAUGCAGGAUGAUGAUGGUGACACGCUGUCCACGGCUGCCCUGAUCCACAGCGAUGCUGCCGCUGUGGUUCACGAAUCGCAGGACUCGGCGGAGACGGUGGAAGAACUGGUGCAUGUGCCCCUCUUGGCCAGUGCAACGGCCACGGCCAGCGUGUCGACCUCCUCCUCGCCCAGCAUCGCCAUCGAGGCAAAGCCCCGGGUUCUGGUGCACCAGCGAUCCUCGACAGCCUCCUCGUCGCCGCACAGCAGUCCCAAGAAUCUGGGGAGCCUCGGGCUCAAGAUCGUCAAGCCCAAGAUCAGUGCCGUGCCAAUGGUUUCCGUCUCGGGCCCCUCGCCGCCCAUUGAGAAGCCGCCGCUGGCGGAGUGCUUGUAACAAAUGGCAGCCGAAACAUUUAUCUAAGCUCGCGCUCAAGGCAACUGGACCCUGGAUCCUGGACAGCCCUUAGAAACCACACACGCCCCCCAGACACAACCACAGCCACAUCCAAAUCCUACUGGAAUAGUCGACAUAGAGUUCGAAGACGGAGAAAGUAUGCCAGCUGCUCAAAUAAGUGUUUCGGUGAGAGGCUUUAUAGUAGGGAAAAUAUGCAAACAAAAUCGAAAGAUAGCGAGGGAAGGAGUAGUUAUAGGAACAAAAAGAUAUAUUGUACCAAUGGUCAGCACCAGGCAAAGAAAGCUUUGUAAGUAUAUUCAACAACGACUGAAGUAUACACAUAUGUACAUUAUAAACGGAAUCAAUGGUAGGCGGUAACCUGUAGAACUUUUUAAGUCGAUAACUGUGUAUGUGUGUAUACAUACCUAUUAACUGAUAAAUCAGCUUUAACAACUAACGAGUAAACUAUCAGGCUUUAAUGUAACGACGACGAUGAAUUUCUGGUUUAACCUAGUCCGUAGACUCACCUAGCUGUUGAAAUCAAUUCUCUUUAAUUGUUCUCCUAUACAUUUAGCCAAAAAAAACGAAAAAAACAAAACAAAAGAAACUAACUACUUGGGCACCACAACUGUUAUACACGCGAUCUAUUUAGAUAUACUAAAUAUAUACAUAUACAUAUAUUUAUUUAUACACCCAGUAAAUUCACUUGUGUGCGUAUUAGGUGUCCUGCAGGAAUCAACAGGUGUGUCGUCUUUAGGGUUUCAAAUAAUUAGAAUCAAUUUUGAAUCAAAUUUAUUUGAUUUCAAAUCAAGAGUAUUCGAUAUCCCUCAAUCCCUAUUCAAUUCAAACGAAAUUAAUCCGAUUUGAAUCAAUUCUUUUUGAUUUUAAAAUCAAGUCUAAUUUAUCUUAUUCAAUUU